AUGGCGGCAUCGAUGGUGCCAGCUGAAACAAGGAAGAUAACUUGGAGGUGCAGCCCAGAUGUGGAUCGGUGCUCGCACAUGUUUGAGAUCCACGGGUACACACUCCAGGCGGAGGGCCUCGGCGUCGGCAAAACCGUCGUCCGCUCGGCUACCUUCGCCGUCGGCGGCUACGACUGGAGCAUCUCCUACUACCCCGACGGGUACUACGGGCAAGAAUCGAGUGGGUACGCCUCCGUCUACAUCGACUUCAUGAGCAACAAAACCUGCCCUGCAGGGACUAAGGUGAGUGGGCACUUCCGCUUCCGUCUCUUCAACCCGGCCACCGGUGAGUUCAGGAUCAUGCUGGGUGGUUACCUCCCCUUUAAGCACACCGUGAACCCUAACGGAAGCCAUGCCUGGGGCUCUGCCAAGUUCAUCGACAGGAGAUGGCUGCAGACAUCGCCGUACCUAUGCCACGAUCGCCUCACCAUCGUGUGCGAUCUUAGCGUUUUGGUGGGCAGUCGGGUGUCAGGACCUGAAUCCACCGAGACAUGUGAGAAUGAGAUUAUUAUCGAGGUGCCACCAUCGAACUUGUCAGAAAAUCUUGAGAAGCUGCUGGACAUGAAGGAGGGGGCGGACGUGACAUUCAAGGUUAAAGGAGUGGUCUUCCAUGCCCACAAGGUUGUGCUUGCAGCCAGGUCGCCGGUGUUCAAGGCAGAGCUUUAUGGGCUCAUUGGUGAGAGGAAGACCUGCAGGCAUGGCCACAUAGCCAUCCAAGAUAUGGAGCCCGGUGUUUUCAAGGCAUUGCUUCACUUCAUCUACACCGACUCACUACCAGCUGCCAACGGUGAUUGUGAUCUUGAUGAUGAGGGAGUAGUUAAACAUUUGCUCGUGGCUGCAGAUAGAUAUGCCAUGGACAGGAUGAGGUUGAUGUGUGAGAGCAUGCUUUGCAAGAGACUUGAUGUUGACAAUGUUGCUGCUAUUUUAGCUCUAGCCGAUCAGCAUUAUUGUUGCAAGCUAAAAGAUGCCUGCGUUAGCUUUAUGAGCUCACCGAAAAGGAUUAAGGAUGUUAUGGCAACUCAAGGAUAUGACCACCUCAAAAAAGCAUGCCCUUCUAUUGUUAUGAAUCUAUUGGAGGAGUCUGUUAAGUCUUCAGUAUGCUGA